CAACUGUUACCUAGCGGGCCGGUGCUUGCCUCUCUCCCAGAACUAGGUGGUGCGUCUGCCAGAAGAGGAGCUAUGUUCGAGGAGCUGCCUACUCCACCCCUCUUCAGUCCCUGAACGCCACCACACACUGACAUUUUGAAAAAAAAAAAAAAAAUUGCCUUCAGAAACUGAGCACCCCCAAGCCCUCCCUCCCCGCCUUUUCUUCCUUCUUGAGGAAUGGAGCUCCGCGGAGGGUGCUUGUAGAGUCAACAGUUCAGAGCGGCGGGCUUGCUCUUGCCUCCCCGCGGAAGAGCUCGUGCGGCUCCCGGUGGUCUCGGGGCCGGUCUGGAUGCGGCUCUGAGCCUCCGGGUGUCUUUCUGCUUGUCGCUGCGCGCGGGUGUUCGGCCGCGAUCACCUCUGUGUGUCUUCUGUCUGUUUAAACUUCAGGAUGGCUCGCUUCGGGGAGGCGGUGGUCGCCCGGCCGGGGUCGGGCGAUGGAGACUCAGACCAGAGCCGGAACCGGCAAGGAACCCCGGUGCCGGCCUCAGGGCCCGCGGCCGCCUACAAGCAGUCUAAAGCGCAGAGGGCGCGGACUAUGGCUUUGUACAAUCCCAUUCCUGUCCGGCAGAACUGUUUCACCGUCAACAGAUCCCUGUUCAUCUUCGGAGAAGAUAACAUUGUCAGGAAAUACGCCAAGAAGCUCAUCGAUUGGCCGCCUUUUGAGUACAUGAUCCUGGCCACCAUCAUUGCCAACUGCAUCGUCUUGGCCCUGGAGCAGCACCUUCCCGAGGACGACAAGACCCCAAUGUCCCGCAGACUGGAGAAGACAGAACCAUAUUUCAUUGGGAUCUUUUGCUUUGAAGCCGGCAUCAAGAUCGUGGCCCUGGGCUUUAUCUUCCACAAGGGCUCCUAUCUACGCAAUGGCUGGAACGUCAUGGAUUUCAUUGUGGUCCUCAGUGGCAUCCUGGCCACGGCGGGAACCCACUUCAACACACACGUGGACUUGAGGACGCUCCGGGCUGUGCGUGUCCUGAGGCCCCUGAAGCUCGUGUCAGGGAUACCUAGCCUGCAGAUUGUGCUGAAGUCUAUCAUGAAGGCCAUGGUGCCUCUUCUGCAGAUCGGCCUCCUCCUCUUCUUUGCCAUCCUGAUGUUUGCCAUCAUUGGCCUGGAGUUCUACAGUGGGAAGUUGCACCGAGCUUGCUUCAUGAACAAUUCAGGUAUUCUGGAAGGGUUUGACCCCCCUCACCCUUGUGGCGUGCAGGGCUGCCCCACUGGUUAUGAGUGCAGGGAUUGGAUCGGCCCCAAUGAUGGGAUCACCCAGUUUGAUAACAUCCUCUUUGCUGUGCUGACCGUCUUCCAGUGCAUCACCAUGGAAGGGUGGACCACCGUGCUGUACAAUACCAAUGAUGCCUUAGGAGCCACCUGGAACUGGCUGUAUUUCAUCCCCCUCAUCAUCAUUGGAUCCUUCUUUGUUCUCAACCUAGUCCUAGGAGUGCUUUCCGGGGAAUUUGCCAAAGAGAGAGAGAGAGUGGAGAACCGAAGAGCUUUCAUGAAACUUCGGCGCCAGCAGCAGAUCGAACGUGAGCUGAAUGGUUACCGCGCCUGGAUAGACAAAGCAGAGGAAGUCAUGCUUGCUGAGGAAAAUAAAAAUGCAGGAACAUCAGCCUUAGAAGUGCUUCGCCGGGCCACCAUCAAAAGGAGCCGGACAGAGGCCAUGACACGUGACUCCAGCGAUGAACACUGCGUCGAUAUCUCCUCUGUGGGCACUCCUCUGGCCCGGGCCAGCAUCAAAAGUGCAAAGGUGGACGGGGCCUCAUAUUUCCGGCACAAGGAAAGGCUUCUGCGCAUCUCCAUCCGCCACAUGGUUAAAUCCCAGGUGUUUUACUGGAUCGUGCUGAGCCUUGUGGCUCUCAACACCGCCUGUGUUGCCAUCGUCCACCACAACCAGCCCCAGUGGCUCACCCACCUCCUCUACUAUGCAGAGUUUUUGUUUCUGGGACUCUUCCUCUUGGAGAUGUCCCUGAAGAUGUAUGGCAUGGGGCCUCGCCUCUAUUUUCACUCUUCAUUCAACUGCUUUGAUUUUGGGGUCACAGUGGGCAGUAUCUUUGAAGUGGUCUGGGCAAUCUUCAGACCAGGGACAUCCUUUGGAAUCAGUGUCUUGAGAGCUCUCCGGCUUCUAAGGAUAUUUAAGAUAACCAAGUAUUGGGCAUCCCUACGGAAUUUGGUGGUCUCCUUGAUGAGUUCCAUGAAGUCUAUCAUCAGUUUACUCUUCCUCCUCUUCCUCUUCAUCGUUGUCUUUGCUCUCCUAGGCAUGCAGCUGUUUGGAGGCAGGUUUAACUUUAAUGAUGGCACUCCUUCGGCAAACUUUGACACUUUCCCUGCAGCCAUCAUGACUGUAUUCCAGAUCCUGACAGGUGAGGACUGGAACGAGGUGAUGUACAAUGGGAUUCGCUCCCAGGGCGGGGUCAGCUCGGGCAUGUGGUCAGCCAUCUACUUCAUUGUGCUCACCUUGUUCGGCAACUACACACUGCUGAAUGUAUUCUUGGCUAUCGCUGUGGACAAUCUGGCCAAUGCCCAGGAACUGACCAAGGAUGAGCAGGAAGAAGAGGAAGCCUUCAACCAGAAGCACGCACUUCAGAAGGCCAAGGAGGUCAGCCCGAUGUCUGCACCCAACAUGCCUUCUUUCGAAAGAGACAGAAGGAGAAGACACCACAUGUCGAUGUGGGAGCCGCGCAGCAGCCACCUGAGGGAGCGUCGGCGCCGACACCACAUGUCCGUGUGGGAGCAACGUACCAGCCAGCUGCGAAGGCACAUGCAGAUGUCCAGCCAGGAGGCCCUCAACAAAGAGGAGGCCCCACCCAUGAACCCCCUGAACCCUCUGAACCCACUGAGCCCUCUCAAUCCACUCAACGCCCACCCCAGCCUUUACCGGAGACCCCGGCCCAUUGAAGGCCUCACUCUGGGCCUGGGCCUGGAGAAGUGUGAGGAGGAACGUAUCAGCCGUGGGGGGUCCCUCAAAGGGGACGGAGGGGACCUGUCAAGUGCCCUGGACAACCAGCGAAGCCCCCUGUCCCUGGGCAAACGGGAGCCUCCGUGGCUGGCCAGGCCCUGUCACGGGAACUGUGACCCAGCCCAGCAGGAGGCUGGUGGAGGGGAGACUGUGGUGGCCUUCGAGGACAGGGCCAGGCACAGACAAAGCCAGCGGCGCAGCCGGCACCGGCGUGUCCGCCUGGAAGGCAAGGAGCCUUCCUCGUCCUCCCGGAGCCGGUCAGCCAGCCAAGAGCGGAGUCUGGACGAAGGCGUGCCCACGGAAGGCGAGAAAGAUCUUGAAUCCAGGGGCAGCCAUGGGAGCAAGGAACCUACAAUCCAGGAGGAAGAGAGAAGCCAAGACUUACGAAGGACCAACAGUCUUAUGGUUUCCAGAAGCUCUGGGCUGGCGGGAGCCCUUGAUGAGGCCGACACACCCCUAGUCCUGCCCCAACCGGAGCCGGAAGUGGGGAAGGAGGCAGCCCUGCCAGAGCCAGAGCCGGAGGGCAGCAGCGAGCAAGCCCUGCUGGGAGAUGUACAGCUGGACAUGGGCCGGGUCAUCAGCCAGAGUGAGCCUGACCUCUCCUGUGUCACCGCCAACACGGACAAGGCCCCCACGGAGAGCACCAGCGUCACUGUCGCCAUCCCGGACGUGGGCCCCUUGGUGGACUCUACCGUGGUGCACAUUAGCAACAAGACUGAUGGAGAGGCGAGCCCAUUGAAGGAGGCAGACAUCAAAGAGGAUGACGAGGAGGUGGAGAAGAAGAAGCAGAAGAAGGAGAAGCGGGAGACUGGCAAAGCCAUGGUGCCCCACAGCUCCAUGUUCAUCUUCAGCACCACCAACCCGAUCCGCAGGGCCUGCCACUACAUUGUCAACCUGCGCUACUUCGAGAUGUGCAUUCUCCUGGUCAUUGCGGCCAGCAGCAUCGCCCUGGCAGCUGAGGACCCAGUCCUGACCAACUCAGAGCGUAACAAAGUCCUGAGGUAUUUUGACUAUGUCUUCACUGGCGUGUUCACCUUUGAAAUGGUUAUAAAGAUGAUAGACCAGGGCUUGAUCCUGCAGGACGGGUCCUACUUCCGAGACCUGUGGAACAUCCUGGACUUCGUGGUGGUGGUUGGAGCCUUGGUGGCCUUCGCUUUGGCGAACGCUUUGGGAACCAACAAGGGGAGGGACAUCAAGACCAUCAAGUCCCUGAGGGUUCUGCGGGUCCUGAGACCACUGAAGACCAUCAAACGUCUGCCCAAGCUCAAGGCUGUCUUUGACUGCGUGGUGACUUCCUUGAAGAAUGUCUUCAACAUACUCAUCGUCUACAAGCUUUUCAUGUUCAUUUUUGCUGUCAUCGCUGUUCAGCUCUUCAAGGGGAAGUUCUUCUAUUGCACAGACAGUUCCAAGGACACAGAGAAGGAAUGCAUAGGCAACUAUGUCGAUCAUGAGAAAAACAAGAUGGAAGUAAAAGGCCGGGAGUGGAAGCGCCAUGAGUUCCACUAUGACAACAUCAUCUGGGCCCUGCUGACCCUCUUCACCGUCUCCACGGGAGAAGGGUGGCCGCAAGUUCUGCAGCACUCGGUGGAUGUGACAGAGGAAGACCGAGGGCCCAGCCGCAGCAACCGCAUGGAGAUGUCCAUCUUCUACGUGGUCUACUUUGUGGUCUUCCCCUUCUUCUUUGUCAAUAUCUUUGUGGCUCUGAUCAUCAUCACCUUCCAGGAGCAAGGGGACAAGAUGAUGGAGGAGUGUAGCCUGGAGAAGAAUGAGAGGGCGUGCAUUGACUUCGCCAUCAGCGCCAAGCCACUCACUCGCUACAUGCCUCAGAACAGGCACACCUUCCAGUACCGUGUCUGGCACUUCGUGGUGUCCCCGUCCUUCGAGUACACCAUCAUGGCCAUGAUCGCCCUGAACACCGUGGUGCUGAUGAUGAAGUACUACUCUGCGCCCUGUACCUACGAGCUAGCCUUGAAGUACCUGAACAUCGCCUUCACCAUGGUGUUUUCCCUGGAAUGUGUUCUCAAGGUCAUCGCCUUUGGCUUCUUGAACUAUUUCCGAGACACUUGGAAUAUAUUUGACUUCAUCACCGUCAUUGGCAGUAUCACGGAAAUUAUUCUGACCGACAGCAAGCUGGUGAACACCAGUGGCUUCAACAUGAGCUUUCUGAAGCUCUUCCGCGCCGCCCGCCUCAUCAAGCUCUUGCGGCAAGGCUACACAAUACGUAUUUUGCUCUGGACCUUCGUGCAGUCCUUCAAGGCCCUUCCCUAUGUCUGCCUCCUGAUUGCCAUGCUCUUCUUCAUCUAUGCCAUCAUCGGGAUGCAGGUAUUUGGAAACAUAAAAUUAGACGAGGAGAGUCACAUCAACCGGCACAACAACUUCCGGAGCUUCUUUGGAUCUCUCAUGCUUCUCUUCAGGAGUGCCACCGGCGAGGCCUGGCAGGAGAUCAUGCUGUCGUGCCUCGGCGAGAAGGGUUGCGAGCCGGACACCACGGCGCCAUCGGGCCAGAGCGAGAACGAGCGCUGCGGCACCGACCUGGCCUAUGUCUACUUUGUCUCCUUCAUCUUCUUCUGCUCCUUCCUGAUGCUCAACCUGUUUGUGGCUGUCAUCAUGGACAACUUCGAGUACCUGACUCGGGACUCAUCCAUCCUGGGCCCUCACCACCUGGAUGAGUUCGUCCGCGUCUGGGCAGAAUAUGACAGAGCUGCGUGUGGCCGCAUCCAUUAUACUGAGAUGUAUGAAAUGCUGACUCUCAUGUCACCACCGCUAGGCCUCGGCAAGAGAUGUCCCUCCAAAGUGGCAUAUAAGAGGUUGGUCCUGAUGAACAUGCCUGUAGCUGAGGACAUGACUGUCCACUUCACCUCCACGCUGAUGGCUCUGAUUCGGACAGCUCUGGACAUCAAAAUCGCCAAAGGUGGUGCGGACAGGCAGCAGCUAGACUCAGAGCUCCAAAAGGAGACCCUGGCCAUCUGGCCUCACCUGUCCCAGAAGAUGCUAGAUCUGCUGGUGCCCAUGCCCAAAGCCUCGGACCUGACUGUGGGUAAAAUCUAUGCAGCCAUGAUGAUCAUGGACUACUACAAGCAGAGUAAGGUGAAGAAGCAGAGGCAGCAGCUGGAAGAGCAGAAAAACGCACCCAUGUUCCAGCGCAUGGAGCCCUCCUCCCUGCCACAGGAGAUCCUUGCUAAUGCCAAAGCCCUGCCUUAUCUCCAGCAGGACCCAGGCCUGAGUGGCCGUAGUGGAUACACGUCGAUGAGUCCACUCUCUCCCCAGGAAAUAUUCCAGUUGGCUUGUAUGGACCCAGCUGAUGAUGGACAGUUCCAGGAACAGCAGUCUCUGGAGCCAGAGGUUAGUGAAUUAAAAAGCGUGCAGCCCUCUAACCAUGGCAUCUACAUUCCUUCGGACACCCAGGAGCAUGCGGGAUCUGGGAGGGCAUCCUCUAUGCCACGUCUGACUAUGGAUCCCCAGGUGGUGACAGAUCCCAGCUCCAUGAGGCGAUCCUUUUCCACUAUUCGGGAUAAGCGGUCCAAUUCCUCAUGGCUGGAGGAGUUUUCCAUGGAGAGAAGUAGUGAAAACACCUACAAGUCCCGCCGCCGGAGUUACCACUCCUCCCUACGACUGUCAGCCCAUCGCCUGAACUCAGAUUCAGGCCACAAGUCUGACACCCACCGCUCAGGGGGCAGAGAACGGGGACGGUCGAAAGAGCGUAAGCAUCUUCUUUCUCCUGAUGUCUCCCGCUGCAAUUCAGAGGAGCGGGGGGCCCAGGCUGACUGGGAGUCUCCAGAGCGUCGUCAGUCCAGGUCUCCCAGUGAGGGCAGGUCACAGACAUCCAACAGACAGGGCACAGGCUCCCUGAGUGAAAGCUCGAUUCCCUCCAUCUCGGACACCAGCACCCCAAGGCGAAGUCGUCGGCAGCUCCCACCCGUUCCUCCCAAGCCUCGGCCCCUCCUUUCCUACAGCUCCUUGAUGCGACACACAGGGAGCAUCUCUCCCCCCGCAGAUGGCAGUGAGGGCAGCUCCCCGCUGGCCUCCCAAGCUCUGGAGAGCAACGAGGCCGGCCUGACCGAGUCUUCCAGCUCCCGGCAUGCACAGCAGGGCCAGCCUGCCUCCCCUCAGCGCUACAUCUCCGAGCCCUACCUGGCCCUGCACGAAGACUCCCACGCCUCGGACUGUGGUGAGGAGGAGACCCUCACCUUCGAAGCGGCGGUAGCCACCAGCCUGGGCCGCUCCAACACAAUUGGCUCGGCCCCACCCCUGCGGCACAGCUGGCAGAUGCCCAAUGGGCACUACCGGCGGCGGAGGCGUGGGGGGCCCGGGCCGGGCAUGAUGUGCGGGGCUGUCAGCGACCUCCUCAGUGACACGGAAGAAGAUGACAAAUGCUAGAGGCUGCUCCCCCCUCCGAUGCAUGCUCUUCUCUCACAUGGAGAAAACCAAGACUGAAUUGGGAAGCCUGUGCGGCCCGGGGGGGAGGAAGAGGGAGGAGGAAGAUGGAAAGAUACCGUGCAAUGACAGAGGAAGGAAAAGACAAACCAGUCAAACCCACCAACUUGCUUUAUUUCCCCUCUGCAAGCUGGGCACUGCCAUAGUUCUGCCUCUUUGCUGGGGAAAGAAAUUCCAAGAACAUGGAGGGUUAUUCCCACUAGGAGAAAGGACAUGAGGAUGGCUGUGCUUCCCCUUGCCUCUUCCCACGUUUCUGCAGGCUGUGGAGGAAUCAAGCAGGCUGUGUCUAUGCGUACUGCCCCGAGAAGCCUGAAAGACUUUCUGGCUCUUCCCUGGGGAGCCGUGGAGACUGUGGGAGAGGACUCUCCUCCCCCCACCGCACCACUGCCGCCAGGACGCUACAGCAGCAUCUCAUGCUUCCUCCUGUGACUUGUUGCCCCAAGAAGCACAGGCUAAGUUCAGGAGCACCGGCUGCCAAGGUGGGAGAGCCAGAGAGGGACAACAAGCUGCCACAGAAGGGUCAGGGUGCUGUGGCAGCAGCAGCAAGGGCUGGUCUGGAUGAGCAAAGCCAUAGCCCAGCAGCCACGCCACGGAGGAGAGGGUGGUCCUGAGGGGAGCAGGACUGUUGGUACACAGUAGACGCUGUGUGUGAGCACCAGGAUGGGCUAAGGGGGCCCUAGAGGUGCCUAUGGCUCUGGGAUGGGUCAUUUUGGAAAAGCAUUUAAUAGCGCUCUGGCCAGGGCGCCAGCUGAAGAGAGUGCAGUCCAACCUCAGUGCUGGAGCCCCAGGUCAGGCCUUUACCGCAUAGAUACAUAGGGAACACGGCGGGUGAGCCGAGUGUGGCUGGAGGACACAGUACAGCCAGUACAGAACUCAUGCUGCCGGUGGACGGGGCGGCCGUCACUCCAGCACACAGUGGCUCAGUGUCAGAGCCCACACUCUGGCCCCAAUGGGCCUCUCCACCGGGCAGCCCAAGGCCCAGCCUUCUGCCACUCCCUAGAGAGGGUCCAUACAGGUACCUGAGGCAGGUCACACGUUGCCUAGUAGGGACGCCUACUGAAACGGGCAAGGCCGAGAGAAAUGAGCAGCUUUCAUGAGCAUCAGUCUGCACUUCCCUAGGACCUCCUGCAAGGAGGGACCAAUGGUGGCAGCUUCUGCAGCUGGUUGGUGGUUGCGGGUCAGUUUGUCAAGCUACUUCAAGGUUAUUAGUAAAUAUACCUCAGCUUCAGCCUGGGCUGCUCCUUCUAGCAAAGCGGGCUCUGACAGGGCCUCAUCACACAAUGUGACAAAACCAAGCUCUGGGUUUGUCCCCUCCCUAGAAUAAGAGCUGGACAGACAACAGCCUGAGGCCCAUAUCCUUCCUCACCCCCUGAAAACUCAGAAAGUGGGCCCUUUCAGCUAAUUGGUGUCCUUCAGUAUCGAGUAUCUACUGGCUCCAACAUGGCACUGUCUUUACCUGGUGGAAAGGUACCAUCCCCGGAAGUCCCUCCUUACCCUCCAGGCCUGUAACAGCGGUAUGGAAGGUUCACCCUUUUCCAGCCAAGGGCCAGGUGGAACCUGCCUCCCAGGGGAGAUUCAGAGGCCCAGGACAAAGAUGACAGCAGAUAAGCACCUUUGUUAUCCUCCUCCAGCCCAGACUCUGGAGUAGGAGCAGGCAGUGGUUGCUACUUAUCUUAGAAGACCUCUUUUUUUCUGAGGAAAUUCUGGUUUGUAGGGGUUUUUUUUGUUUGUUUGGGUUGAAAUAGUGACAUCAGCCCCCAAAUCCAGUCAUGUGGUUGGAGUCACUUUCCUGCUCAGCACGUGCGUGCCAGAGAGAGCUGGGAAUAUGAGCACCCCAAUCCCAACCAACAUGAUAGUUACAUAAGACUCAGAUGCUGAACCCUGUAGUGUUGGAAAGGUUUCCUCUGUUCAGCACCAUCUUCUGCUGAAGUGCUGCUCUGUGUGCACAAAAUUGCUUUCUUCCACCUUGGAACUACAGCUUUCCCUGGGGACAGGCCUGCAACAGGACAGCCAUUCUGAGCCAGCGUGUCUAUUGCAUUGUGUUUUGAGAGAGAACAGCAGUGAUACCUUAUGCCUUUUCAACAGUGGGAGAAAUUUAGGCUGGCAGAGCAAUUACCAGAAGUGGAAUUUGCCUGUACACAAUGUUACAAACACUAAAUUGACUGUGCUAGGAAACAUUCUUAGUCGCCCAAAUCCCUUAAACUCAGACACAAGUGUUUGAGGCCUGAAUAAAGUGAUGUAAAGCACCAGAGAUGCAGUCUCUGACUGACCACCUGGGUUUUUCUAGAACCAAUGAAUUCAUGAACUUGUUUCCUUGAUCCAAGGAAUUGAGUUUCUUACCACUUCGCCUGCACUUACCCUUCUAUGAAGAUCAGAAAGUAAAAAAGAAUUUUCUAUUAAGUCAAGUAGCUCAUUCUCAUAAUAUGACAUCUUUCCAUCUCUGAAUAGAUAUGAAUUCCAACCUGCCCGCCAACAGUGGGCCAGGACAGUCCUUUGUAGGCACCAGAAACCACCUCCUCUCAGCCCUUAAAAAGAGGUCCCUUUAUAUCUCAACAGCAUCUUCAGACCCUCUAAGCAAAAGUAGGCUCAGAUCCACACGUAACAUUUAAUGCAAUAAGGUCCCUCAGAGGAAUCUUUAGCUUUGCGCCCAGUUUGCUUUGCCACUGUUAAUCUUCAGCAUCUCCUCUAAACAAGCACUGGAGGGGCAGUGUGCAAAAGGAAGGGGGAACGAAAACCAUUCCAGGCAGGUUCUCAACGUGAUUGUGUGCUCACCUCUCCAUAUGAGGCCCCAGACUUCUGGUGGGGAAUUGCUAUGUCUCUUCCUCUCUCUGUCUCCAAAGGGGCAGAGCACCAGCCCACCUUCAACAUGGGGGCCAGCACCCUGAACUCUAGGCCACGGUCAGGAAAGGGUUAUCUCUACCAAGAAGCGACAGUGCCCUUAGUGGCCCCAGCCAUGAACACAACUGUAUAGGCCUGCUGUGCUAGCUGAAGAAUCUCUGUUCUCUCAUGCCCCUGGGUACUGAGGUCACACACAACACUUCUCUGGGGCUGAACUUCAGACCUUCUACAUUGUGCACUUCCUUGCCCGGUGAUGGCAAGAGAAACUCCACAUCCUUCUAGUCAGCCAGCCUCCCUCCCCUCCCCAGCCUUUGUUUUGCUUCUGUGCCUCUGGUUCAACUCCCAACAUGGCUAAGUCCAUCAGAUCCCAGCUUAGCUGCUCACCUGCCUGCUUCUGCUGGUCUCUCUGCUAUUGGAGUACACAUUCUUCUCAUGAAAAACAGUUGGGAAUUCAUUAUGUGAGUCACAAGAUGAUCUGACGAAGAAUGAAAGGCACAGGACUGUGCGAGGGGGAUUAUGGACAAAAUGUGUACAGACUCCAUAAAAACCCUCUAUAGGAAAAAGUUCUCUGCAGGCAUAAUUGACAUAAUUUUUUUUUUUAAAGAAAACAUUUUCACUCCAUCCUACUUCUAAAGUUUGGACAAAAAAAAAAAAAAAAAAAAGAGCCAAU